CUACUUGUGUUUGUUGACAUAUCGUGGGUUGCACGGUGGGUUGUUCGCUGAACUCUUACUGUGAAAUGCUGUGACUUUACAUGUGGUUUUUUUUGCGUACCCAGGCAAACGCAUUUGCCAUCAAUGACAUUUAUCCACCGUAUUGCACCUUUUGGCUGUGCGGAAACGGCUUGAAAGACAAGUUUGCUGCUUUCAGCCUGCAGGUCACUGGAGAACCUACUGAUUCACUGUUUGACUCUGCGAUAUCCAUAUAACCGAGCACACCAUUGAUUGGUAUAAGACGUUUCUGACAUGGCCAUUGCAAGGCCGCCAGGGUUGGACUUCGAUUACAACUGGCCAGAGAGUGCGGAAUGCCUUACGCUUGACUUUGGACCCUUUGAGACUGUGCACCGAUGGCGUCAGAUGCCACACUGUGACGAAUUUGUGGGAGCAAGGAGGAGCAAACAUACAGUCGUGGCAUACAAAGACGCAAUUUAUGUCUUUGGUGGCGACAACGGGAAGCAGAUGCUGAAUGAUUUGUUACGCUUCGACGUUCGGGACAAGUCAUGGGGAAGGGCUUUCACAACUGGAAAUCCGCCCGCUCCACGUUACCAUCAUUCUGCUGUAGUUCACGAGAAGAGCAUGUUUGUUUUUGGGGGCUACACUGGGGACAUCCACUCUAACUCAAACCUGGCGAACAAGAAUGACCUGUUUGAAUAUAAUUUCACAACUGGUCAGUGGACUGAAUGGAAGUUUGAAGGCCGUAUGCCAGUGCCUCGGUCUGCCCAUGGAGCAGCAGUGUAUGAUAAUCGCCUCUGGAUCUUUGCUGGCUAUGAUGGCAAUGCACGGCUAAACGACAUGUGGUGCGUCUCCUUGCUAGGCGACUCGAGGACAUGGGAAGAAGUACCACAACGAGGUGACUGUCCACCAACAUGCUGCAACUUCCCAGUAGCUGUGGCUCGUGACAGCAUGUUUGUCUUCUCUGGCCAGAGUGGUGCAAAGAUCACCAAUAGCCUUUUCCAGUUCCACUUCAAGGACAAGUACUGGAGCAGGAUCUCUACUGAGCACAUCCUAAGGGGUGCACCAGCCCCGCCCACACGACGGUAUGGGCACACCAUGGUUGCCUUUGACCGACACCUGUAUGUUUUUGGAGGAACUGCAGACAGCACUCUACCAAAUGAUCUGCAUUGCUUUGACCUGGAUUCUCAGACAUGGUCCAUUAUUCAACCAUCCCCAGAUAGCGAGGUUCCAUCGGGGCGUCUAUUUCAUGCGGCUGCUGUGGUUGGGGAGGCCCAGUACAUAUUUGGUGGAACUGUGGACAACAAUGUGCGAAGCCGCGAGAUGUUUCGCUUUCAGUUCUCCUGUUACCCAAAGUGUACGCUGCAUGACGACUUUGGCCGCCUGCUCGAGACGCAGCAGUUCUGCGAUGUCCAGUUCCUUGUGGGUCUGGAGGAAGUGUCCAUUCUAGCACAUGUGGCUUUUGUGGCUGCCCGGUCAACUUGGCUUCGGGACAAAAUCAGCAAGGCACGAGAGGCGCAAGUGAUAAUUGAGGCUGAGGCUACUUUUGAUGGUGGUGGAAGUGUAUACCCAACUGCAGCUGCGCUUCAGGUGCGCCUCCCAGAUGCCGUGCCCGAGGCAUUUGAACUUGUGCUCACAUACAUCUACACUGAUCGCAUUGAUCCUACCAAAAAAAGUCGAGACCCUAUGAGUGACCGCAUUGUUCUUCUUAUGAUGGAUGUCUAUAGGCUGGCUGUGCAGUUCCACAUGAGGCGCUUGGAGCACCUGUGUGUCCAGUAUCUUGAGGCAGCCAUCAACCAUCGCAAUGUCCUUGUUGCCUUGCAAAAUGCCUCUGACUUGCGUCUGGACUUUAUCAAGGAGUUCUGCCUGAAGUUUAUUGUGAAGGAGAGCACCUACAACCAGAUUGUGAUGAGCAAGGAGUUUGAGACAAUUGCACAGCCACUCAUGGUAGAGAUCAUCCGACGCCGACAGAUGCCAGCUGUACGCUCACUGCUUGAGCCAAUGUUUGACUAUACUGGCACGACACUGGAGCAAGACAUGGAGACCUUCCUGAAGGAGACGGGUCGGGAGUUUUGUGACAUUACGCUGUUGCUUGACGGACACCCGAUCCCUGCUCACAAAUCAGUGCUUGUGGCUCGGUGCAGCUACUUCGAAGCCAUGUUCCGGUCCUUUAUGCCAGACCACAACACUGUGAAUAUUGCCAUUGGUGAGAUGAUUCCAUCCCUACAGUCCUUCAACACCUUAUUGAGGUAUAUCUACUAUGGUGACAUCAGUAUGCCUCCUGAAGAUUCUUUGUACCUUUUCUCUGCACCUUACUUUUAUGGCUUUACUAAUAAUCGCCUACAAGCUUUCUGCAAGGAGAACCUGGAGAUGAAUGUAACAUUUGAAAAUGUUAUUCAGAUUCUGGAAGCAGCUGACAGGAUCCAAGCUACAGACAUGAAAAAGCAUGCCCUUAGCCUCAUUGUGCAUCAUUAUCCAAAGGUUGCAAGACUGCCAAAGAUACGGAGCCUUAGCAAAGAUCUCCUGCUUGACAUCCUAGAAGCACUGGCGGAUGACAUGAGUGAUUCCAAGCUGUGUCAGGAUGUGUCGUCAGCGAGUCUAUGCAGUGAUUCUGCAGGAUCGGCAAGCUUGGUGCUAGAUCCAAGCCCUUACCACGAGAGUGGCUGCAAAUGAUCCUUGGUUCAAACUGCCCGGUACAAAUGUAUGCCUGAGCUUGUAGUGGUUGCAAGUUUUUCACCAACAUCAUGUGCCAUUAAGGUCUGGGAAGACUGGUAACAAGUGAAAUCUCACUGUCUACUCGUAAUUCUGCGUUAUGAUGAACUUGCCAACUAGCAAAUGGCCCAAGCUGCUUUCGCACAGUAUAGAUUGAUGCUUAGCAGAUGAUAACAGCAAAUGCAUCCUCUCCACAGCUGUUGCUGCAGAUUCAGAGACCAACUAGAAUUGACCACAGCCCUUUAUGUGCACCACAUCUCACUGUUGUAACUUGAACAUGUCACCAGCUAGACUGUGCAGCAGUUCACUGAGAUACAGAAAUCUUGUGCUUGUCACUCCAGGGUUGGGCUCACAAGACCAAUUGAUCCAUCUGUCAAAUGCUUUUACUUAAAGCACAACAUGGCAUGGUGGCGAGGCCUUGCACAUCUCUCUCUUCGUGUCCCACUUUCAGUAGCACCACUGCAAACUAAGCCUGUGGUCUGGGUAUGACACCACCUGCUAUUCAAUCUUAACCAAAGCUACAUCUGCAAGACAGCAAACAAGCUGUUCUAUGGUACUUACAAGAAAUGUGUGCCAAACAGGUGAGAACAGCAGGGUGGACCUGAAAGAACUAAAAUUGAAAGGUCUGUGUAUCUUAUCAAUAGUGUAACAUGAACAUUAUUUUGGAAGGUGUUUUGGGCCUGCACUUUGUUGAGAGUUCUCAGCCUACUUCUUGUAGGUGUCCCAUACGAAUCAACAGAAUUUUGAGGUAGUGUGCCGACACCAAGCUACCACCAUCUUUGUCAGUUCACUGUGUACUCCUGGUCUUCAUUACAUACACGUCUGGAAUACAUUUCUACA